GACUGAGCCAAUCAUUAGGAGACGGUGAAGUCUAGUCCUGCCUUAGACACAAAAGCCAACUGGGUGACUUUGAGCCAAUUGCCAGGCGAUAGUGAAUUCUAGUCCCACCUUAGGCACAAAAGCUGGCUGUCUGGGCCAGUCGCUCAGUCCCAACCUAGUUUACCUCACAGGGUUGUUGUGAGAAAAAUAGGAGAAAUGACUAUUAGAUACCUUUGCCACCUUGAAUUUAAAAAUAAUAAAGGCGGAAUUUUUAAAAAAAAUUAAAUAAAAACCCUCUCACACGGUUGAAGAAUUUUGAUUGUUGUGCUGCUGUUUUGAAUGGAUUGCGUCCAUCUCUCUUCAAUCCAUUUGUGCCUCCACUGAUUUUUGAACGUCUCGCUGUCCGAGCAGUGACCCUAUUGUCCUGUGCAGGUUUGUGCACUGGCGUUGUGCCGUGUGGAGAAAUACAUUUGAUUUUUCAAUAAAGUUGAAAUGUUUCUGGACCUGAUCCUUGUUCAUCUUACAGCGCUCUUCAUCUCUCACCAAGCUUCCAAGCCACAAAACUCUUUUUCCUCAUAUUAAAAAAAGGGGAAAAAAAGAAAAACCAAACCACAUUUUAUUUCCUUGCAAUAAUAAAGCACUAAAAUUCCAGGCGCGUGUGGACUUUGUCUUCUGUCUCAACCUAAAAAAAAAGGGGGGGGGGAGGCUCUUAAUCUGAAUGUUAAUUGGUUUAUCAUCCAAAUCACGUUUUCAAUGGACGUGCCAGGGAGUUGGGUAUAAAAUGCUCUUUUUCAAGGACGGCACAAAGCAGUCACUUUAAAGUCAUGUGGAUUUGAUUUAAUCUACAAAAGCUGAUUUAGGUCCAGCAGCUCCAAUCCGGGUUUUGCUAUAUAUUAGUCCAGUUUCAAAGGAUGUAAUGUAUAUAUAGAAUUACUUUUUUUCCAACUCUCGGGAUCCUGCUAAGAGAAAGCAAGCUUGAUCCCUGAAGAUCCUUUUUUAACAGCCUCCUGGACUAAAAUAGAGGUUUAAAGUGACUAUACAGGAAGCUGGCAUGAGUUGUACAGUAGGGAAAUAAUUCUUUGUAGGAUUUCUUCCUUUUAAGCUUGUCGCUUCCUGGUGCAAAUCUGAUUUCCUUGCAAGAUCAUGGCUGCAAUCAUAGAUGGUCAGGAGAAGCCAGCACCUGGACACCUAGCAGCAGGGCAGGAGAAACGUGACUUGGUCGCAGGCAAGUACCACAUCCGGAAGUACGAGGCCAGAGACUAUGACAUGAUGCGCACCUUCUACAUUCAAGGGAUCAAGGAACACAUUCCUCGGGCGUUGUGGCACUUUCUAGGGCGUCCUCAGACACACCUGGGCCUUCUGGCUGUCUUCCUCAUGACUUACCUGAGCUCGGCGUCCUACAUCAUCUCCCUGGUGGUGGUGUCCAUUCUCCUGGUGGUCGGCAUGCUUUCCAUGAAGAACAUCUAUGAAGACUAUCUCCAAAACAGCCUUACUACGGAUAUGCUGGACAUCCAGGGGACCUACCUGGAGCCAGAGGACUGCGGCUUCUGGGUGGUGGACAUUGGAGAGGAGGUGGUAGGCAUGGUGGCCCUCACCCAUCCUGACAACCCAUCUUGGUGGAGCAACGCCCGGGAGCUGAAGCGGAUGUCCGUGAAGAAGGAGCAUCGUGGCCAAGGGCUAUCCAAGGCUCUAAUCAAGACGGUCAUCCAGUUUUCUCAGGAGCAUGGCUAUGAAGAAGUCGUGUUGGGUACCUCCAUGGUGCAACACAUUGCUCAUAGGGCCUACGAGAACAUGGGCUUUCACAAAGUCCUGGAGGAAAAUCCCUCUUUCAUAGCUAAACUGGUAGGUUUUUCUGCGCAUUGGUAUUAUUACAAAAUCCCAGACACUCACUGAGGUCCACCUGAAGUCAUCAGUCACCUCCCCAAAGGAGAAGUUAAGUUCUACAUUCAGUUCUACAUCAGCAAGAAUGCAGAUUCAACCUUCUCCUGGUUGGAAUUGAACCAACUCUUUGAAGAGGCUUUGUGUCACCUGAGUUCGCCCCGCCUAAAUCGGGUUUCCCAAUGGAAUGAUCUUUAAACUCCUGUUAUCCGACUGGGUUAACAUAACUGGCCCCAUGUCCCAACACAGCCUGCCCUUGGAAGUUCCUACACUCUGUUGGUUGCCAGCCAUAAGCUUCUCACAGAGGUCUUCUUCUUUAAGUCCUAUUCUCCUUAAUCUACCAACAGCUUGGAAGAGAAGAAACAUGCUGGGCCCUUCCUCACAAAUGCCAAAUCUGUAGAAAAGAGAGAGAGACAGAGAGAGAAAGGAAAAAGAAAAAAAAGACAAAGAGACAGAGAGAGAAAGGGAUAGAGAUAACAAAAAGGAAUAGAAACAGAAACAGAGAGA